ACUCUCUAGUAUUCUUUUAAAUCCCCUCAAUAAACUCCAAACUCACCACAAUGAAAACAAGUCCUCUUCUUUGAACUCUCUUUCUCUUUCUUUCUCUCUCUAAACGCGCUUUCUCUCUCUAAAAAGAAGAGAAAAAAACCAAGACACACACAUGUUGCACAACCAUCAAAGAACAACAAGAGAAGUAGAAGAAGAACAUCAUCAACAUCAUCAACAACAACAACAACAAGAAGAAGAAGAUGGAGACGAUGGCGGUGAAGAGGUUCGAGAAAUCCAUGCCCUAACGCCGCCGCCACAGCCGCAGCAGCAGGCAGGGCGAGGAACUCACUCCUGGGAAACCACAAGCCAUAGAUCAUCAACCCUAUCAGAGAUCCUCAGUGAGAAUUUCACCACCAUGAGCCGAGAGUUCAACGCGAUGGUCCUCGCCGGAUCUAGCCUUCAACCCGAUGCCCCAGGAGAUGGGACAAGCUUGGGUCGGAUCGGAGAAGAAGUAGAGGAGACGAACCCUCUAGCUAUAGUUCCAGAUAGGAAUCCUAUAGCAUCGCCAAGGCGUGGUGGUGUUGGGGCUGCAGCGGCGGCGGCGGCGGCGGAGGGGGGAGGAGGAGGAGGAGGUGGAGUGGUGGGGGAGGUGGCAGUGCAUAGGGUGAAGAAGGAGGAGGUGGAGACGAAGAUAAUGGCUUGGCAAACGGCGGAGAUAGCGAAGAUAAACAAUAGGUUUAAAAGGCAAGAGGUUGUCAUCAAUGGAUGGGAAAGUGAUCAGGUUGAGAAGGCUUCCUCUUUCUUCAACAAAGUUGAGAGGAAGUUGGAUGAGCAGAGAGCACGGGCGAGGGAGAAGAUGCAAAAUGAUGUUGCCAAAGCUCGCCGGAAGGCGGAGGAGAAGCGGGCCUCGUCGGAGGCGAAGAGGGGGACUAAGGUGGCUAGAGUGCUAGAACUAGCCAACCUCAUGAAGGCUGUUGGCAGAGCUCCUUCCAAGAGAUCCUUCUUCUAGUUCUCCUUCUCUGCUUAUGUGCAUUAAUUACUUAUGAUAAUAGACUUUUUAUCUUAUGAUUUGCAUACAUUUGAGUUUCUUUUGUUGGCUUUGUUUUAUCAAACAGCCUGUUUUUUAUUUCACUAAGGGGAAAAAAAACAACAAAAAGAAUAAGAAAGAAGCACAUGGGAUGAAGAAGAGUAUUUGUUUUGUGACGUUUGAGCAGUGAAACAAUAAUGGUGAAAAGAUGAUUGUGUUGUAAAGUUAUGUAUGCUUUUGUGUUUUAA